ACAAUUGACAAUUAUUUUACAGAAAACUAUGAAUCAAUAGGCAUUUAUCUCAAUAAAUAGUAUUGAAAUUAAAAAAAAAACCGUAGAGAGCGGAUUAUUUUGCGAAAUAUGUCAGAGCUAUUUCAUAAAAGCUGUUACACAUCACGCAGCACUGGAUACAAGUAUCGCACGCUUUCUACAAAUACAGGUGAGAAGAAGCGACGAGACACCAAAGAAGAUUCAACGUUCGAUAGAAAAUUUAAGGAAUUAAAAGGCGAAAUAAGUUCUCGAAUAAUGAAAGAGGUAGAUGAAGUGCAGAGGGCGAGGCAAUCUAUUCAGGAUAAAUUUGAAAAAAUCGAUGCAAAAAUAAACUCAAUGCUUAAUAUCCAAACAACAAUAACAGUAUUAAAGAAUGAUUUACGACAAGCGGAGAAUAUUUUGGUCGACACGAUUGAAAAAGUCGAAAAAAUCGAGGGUAUCAUCGGAGAAAGCGAGACUUCAAGCCUGCAAUCUCGAAGUUCGUAUUGCAAGCCUCGGGUAUCGAAUGUUCCUAAGAAAAAUUCAAUACCGCUGCCAAUCAGUUAAGAAUCAGUCAAAUUUUACUAACAACUCAUAGACUAUAAUUUUAUCAAAUGCAAUUAUUAGGUUUUAAA